GCCCCGGUUCUGCCCCAAUUCUGCCCCGGUUGUGCCCCGGUUGUUCCAUGCCCACAGACAAUGUCCUGGUGCUGCUUUCUGCCCCCUGGGCGAGCUCUGGGAGGGGCAGAGCCUCUCUCUGCUCUCACGUUUUUCCACCGAAACGCUGAAUUUCUCUUCCCCCCAAGGGUGCUCCUGCGGCCUGGGGCUGACUUAUCCCGGUAAAUCCUGCACGAUGCCGCCCGUCACCUUCCAGGACCUGCCCCUCAACAUCUACAUGCUCAUUUUCGGCACCGGCGCCUUCAUCUUCGUGCUCAGCCUCAUCCUCUGCUGCUACUUCAUCGGCAAGCUGCGGCACCAGGCGCGGAGCGAGCGCUUCGGGUACCAGGAGGUGGUUCUGAGGGGCGAUGCCCGCAGGCUGAACGUGCGCGGGCAGCCCUGCGCCGUCUGCCUGGAGGAUUUUGGGCUGCAGGAGGAGCUGGGGGUGCUGCCGUGCCAGCACGCCUUCCACAGAGAGUGCCUGCUGAAGUGGCUGGAGGUGCGCUGCGUGUGCCCCAUGUGCAACGAGCCCCGCGCCCCCCGCGGGUCCCUCCUGGACGAGCUGGUGUGAGGCUGGAUCGGAUCCUGCGGGAUCCUGCGGGAUCCCCCGCGCCCCCCGGGCCGGGAGAUGGGAGAUGGGCCAUGGCUGGGAGAUACGGGACACCCAGGCACUGAUCAUCGUAUAAACGACCCGAGAUGGAAAUCAUGGAAAUGGAAAUCAUGGAAAUCCUCGGGCAGAUCCAUGUGAAUGCAGCGUUCCCGUAAAUUCCACCAAGGGAUUCACCAACACUGGACACUGAUUUGUUCUUCUUCAUCACCAAAAAAAAAGAAAAUCUCAUUAACAUAUGGACUCUAAAUAGAAGAAAAGCCUGACUGCUGAAAUCUUGGCCUCAGGCGGAAUUUUCCCUAUA